AUGAACACCACCGUGUCCGACUGGACGGCAGAAAACUGCACCAUUCCCUCUUCGGUGGACCGGCAAAUGUAUCCAGCUGCCUAUUCCUUAUUCUUUAUUGUGAGUUUUCCAGCCAACCUGCUGUCUCUGUUUGCAGCCUGGCAGCUGAUGAAGAAAGGGAACAACAUUGCGGUCUACCUUGUUUUUCUGUCUAUCUCUGACUUACUUUACACAAUAACUCUGCCGGUCUGGAUAGAGCAGGCCUUAAGGAGGGACGUUCAUGGCGGUCUGUGCAGCACCGUGAAUCUGAUCAUGUACAACAGCUUUUACGUUGGAUCCGGCCUCCUUUGCUGCAUCUCUGUUGAUCGCUACUUGGCAGUGGUCUAUCCUCUCCACUUCCACUGGGUCAGAGAGGUGUGCACAGCAGUGGCACUGAGCACAGCUGUGUGGAUUCUGGAGGUCGUCGCCCACAUUCUCCUGCUUUUCCACAUGGGGGCGCUAAAAGCUUCACUAUGUCUGUAUGAGCAGCACAUACCUAUAAAAACUGGAGCUGCUCAUGUCUUCCUCUUCAGGAUCAUCGUGGGAUUUCUGAUCCCUGUUGUCAUCAUGAGCUUUUGCUUCCAGCAGAUCAUGCACUCGCUCCAGCAGAGUGUGUCCAUCCUGGAGGAGGAGCGCAGAAGAGUCUGCCUGCUGCUGCUGCUGCUCCUCCUGACCUACAUCGCCUCCUUUCUGCCCUACCAGACAGUGAUGCUGCUCAGGGCCACGCUGGAGCCCGGCAGCUGCGAGUGGGCCCAGCUCCUCAGGGGCGCGUACCUCGUCACCUCAGCCAUGACCACCCUGAACAGCACACUGGAUCCAAUCAUUUACUGCUUGAUCAAUACCAGCGCCAGGACGGAGAUUAAGAUAUUUGUGGAAAAGGGGAGAAAAGUUUUCAUGAGAGAAGAUGAGGAGCAGCCAAAUAGUUCCAUAGAAAUUAGAGCAAUUUGCUGA